AUGGGUAAGGAAGGAGAUUCAAACGAAGGCGAGAUGAUUGCUUUACUGAUUCGUUGUGCAAUGCAGUCAUUCGAAGACACUUCUGUUACGUGUCCAAUCAACUGGACCGUUCGUCAGCUGAAAGAGAAACUUGCCGUUGUGUGCUCUUCUAAGCCGGAGGCAGAUCGGCAACGCCUGAUUUAUGCAGGUCAUUGUCUUCAAGAUGACAAAACGUUACGAUCGGUUUUUGAAAAUCGUGUGGUGGAAAGUGAUAAUGACAUACGGGUAAUUCAUUUAGUGUGCCCGUGCCGUGACCUUGCAGAAUUUGAUGGUCUUAGAAGGCGAAAUGUGAAGGAAAAGAAAGAUCAAAAUGAACGAAACUCAACUGAUAUGUUACCAUCUGCUCCAACACAUCCCACAUCUUCGGCCAACGCUCCUAAUUCAGCUGCUACUGGUUGGCCAAAUUUUGCUGCUGCACGAAACUACGGCGUUUCAUUCCCAGUAUCUCAGUAUGGCGCUGAUUCUAACGCUCAGUUGCAUAGUGCCUACAAUGCCUACGCUAUGUAUUACACCAAUUAUAUGCAACAGAUGAUGACCGCUAUGAACGGUAGCAAUGCGCCAUUCGUUGCUAACACACACUCAUAUGUGGCUCCGCAUUUCUCAUUUCCCACAACUGCGCCAGUAACACAACCUGUUCAGCCAGCUGACCGAGUGGCAGCAGACGUAGUUGCUGCACCUGCAGCAGCUCCAGCUGGAGGCAUCGUACAGGAAGCAGUUGCCGGCGAGAUUGAAGCACCUCAAAGGGAUUUUCUUGAUAUAGUUCACAAGGCAAUCCGAAUAUGCUUUUUGGUAAUGCUCGUCUAUGUUUACUCAUCAGCCGAACGUUUCUUGGGUGUGCUUCUGUUCAUCAUACUCGUCUGGUUUGUGCAAGCGAGACGUGAUCGAAACAACAGACAACGAGCUGAUCGUGAACUGGUACAUGCUGUUAACAAUGUACGCCGUGCACAACAGGUAGAUGAAGUGGAAAAUGAAACAACUCCACGGGAUUCUGGAAUGGGAACUAGUUCUAAUGCAGGUUCAGAGAGCAACGAAAAUCGUGAGCCAACCGCGUGGACUAUCUUCUGGUCAACUUGUUACACGUUUAUCACAUCCUUUUUUACGUCCCUUAUCCCUGAUAAUCCUGUGCCUGUCAAUAUGAAUUAG